AUGAAGGAGGCCCGGGGCGACGGGAGCGCCCCUUUCUGCGCCCGUCUCAACUACUCCUACCCGGGCCUGUGGGAGCCCGAGCGCUCCGCGGAGGCGCGGGGCAACCUCACGCGUGCCCGGGACACCGGAGAGGAUUGCCGCUCGGUGUCCGUGGUCUUCCCGAUCACCAUGCUGAUCACCGGCUUCGUGGGCAACGCGCUGGCCAUGCUGCUGGUGUCGCGGAGCUACCGGCGCCGGGAGAGCAAGCGCAAGAAGUCGUUCCUGCUGUGCAUCGGCUGGCUGGCGCUCACCGACAUGGUCGGGCAGCUGCUCACCAGCCCCGUGGUCAUCGUCGUGUACCUGUCCAAGCAGCGCUGGGAGCACCUCGACCCGUCGGGAAGGCUGUGCACUUUCUUCGGCCUGACCAUGACAGUCUUCGGGCUCUCCUCGCUCUUCGUCGCCAGCGCCAUGGCCGUCGAGCGGGCGCUGGCCAUCCGGGCCCCGCACUGGUACGCGAGCCACAUGAAGACGCGCGUCACCCGCUGUGUGCUGCUCGGCGUGUGGCUGGCGGUGCUCGCCUUCGCCCUGUUGCCGGUGCUGGGCGUGGGCCAGUACACCAUCCAGUGGCCCGGGACGUGGUGCUUCAUUAGCACCGGAGGAGGUGGCAACGGGACUAGCUCCCCCCCGAACUGGGGCAACCUUUUCUUUGCCUCUACCUUUGCCUUCCUAGGGCUCUUGGCGCUGACCGUCACCAUUGCCUGCAACCUGGCCACCAUUAAGGCCCUGGUGUCCCGCUGUCGGGCCAAGGCCACGGCUUCUCAGUCCAGCACCCAGUGGGGCCGGAUCACGACUGAGACGGCCAUCCAGCUCAUGGGGAUCAUGUGCGUGCUGUCGGUCUGCUGGUCGCCACUGCUGAUAAUGAUGUUGAAAAUGACCUUUAAUCAAGCAUCAGUUGAGCACUGCAAGACACAACCAGAAAAGCAGAAAGAAUGCAACUUCUUCUUAAUAGCUGUCCGCCUGGCUUCACUGAACCAGAUCUUGGAUCCCUGGGUCUAUCUGCUGCUAAGAAAGAUUCUUCUUCGAAAGUUUUGCCAGAUCAGGAACCACACAAAGAACUGUGCAUCGAGCUCCAUGUCUUUGCCCCACCAGUGCUCCUCGACCUUGAUGUGGAGUGACCACUUGGAAAGAUAAUGAAAGAACGGAAAUGGACUUUUCUUAUAAUUCCUGCUGCCCUGAAUUUGUAUAUUUCUUCCCAUCUGCGGAGGAGGAUUUUAUAUUUUGAUUUGGAUUAGUUUUUCAUUCUCAUCUUUUAAAAUUUUACUUAUUUUUGUCAGUAAUACUGAGAAUAAGUUUAUCAUUAUAACCUAUGCCUCCAAGUGUUAAAUUGACUCCUUUUUAAAUAAAUUUUUUAUUGUUGUUCAAUUAUAGUUGUCCCCACUUUCCCCCAUUGUUCUCCCCUGCCCACCCCAACCCCACCCUCCCACUUUUCCCACUUUUGGUCCUCCCCUUCCCCCCAGCUGUUGUCUUUGUCCAUGAGUCCUUUAUACACGUUCCUCGACCUGACCCUUUAAGUUGACUUCUGGAGCCGGAUUUUGAGCAUAUAUUUAAGAAGAUGGGAGAAAUAAACAGAAAACUGUAUUUGAAAAAUAACUAAAUAGAAAUUUCAAACAAACAAACAAACAAAAGAAGCUGGUCAGUAUUUCACAGAUAAUGAUUAAUCAAAAAGUGAAAAAAAGAAAAACCCAUCUUCUAGGAGUUUGCCCCUGACUUCAAACUUCAAUCUAAAUUUAAACUGAUGUGGACAUCUUUACAUUUUGUUGUUGUUUUGAUUUUAUAGUAUGAGUUUAAAAAAUCAGUAUAAGUGUGACAAUGUAAAGUCAACAUACUGAAAGUAGAAUUUAAUUGAUAAGACAUAUAUCUAAUGAGAUAGAAAAGUAUGCUAAUUGAAGGCAAGACUAUACCAUGACAAAAGUUAUUUAUACACAAUGUGUGAUUAUUUUGGAGAUGUUGUAUCCUUUUGGGCUGAGCUUGGAACUCAAAGUCCCUACAUCUUUAUUCUGGUUAUGUGUCAUUUAGUAACUCAAGAACCAGUUUAAUUCUUAUUUCUCUCCUUGAAGACUGGAGGAAGUGAUAUAGCUAAGGGUUCUCUUAAAGUGUCAUAAAAAACAAUAAUAAGGUUAAAUGAUUAACUAUUGAGUUAAAGCAAUAAAACAUCCAAGCUCAGCCUUCCGAUUCACCAUUAUCAAUGUAAUAGUUCUUAAAAUGUCUUCCUUGGUGCCAUAAAAAAGGCAAAAUUAUUAAGUGACAUAGUUAUGAAUAUCAAAUUUUGUGGCUUUUAAUGAAAGGAAAUAAUUUAUUUUAUCUCUUUUGAAAUAAGAAAUUCUGUAGAAUUUAAAAAAAUACUUUAUAUCAUAUAAUAUCUAUCUUUCAUCUAAUAUGAUCUUAGCCUGUAAAUUCACCCAGCCUUCCUUUUCCUCAUAUCUCUCUUCCCCUCUCUUCCUCCUUCCCUUUCCUCUUCUCUUUCAUUUAACUGAACACACAUUGUAUUUAAUGUCACUUCCUUAGGAACUGUGCUAUAAGUAAGGGACAUGCUGCCACCUAUAAGGACAUCUUGGGAAGAGAUGAUAAUAUAGUAUCAGCAGCCAUAGGAGCCAAUACUGUGACUCCAUUGUCAUUUCUGCCGACUAAAUUAAGACAAAAUAGUUGAGUCAUUCCUCUUAAAUAGUUGAACCAGUUCUGAAUGAGUUAUAAACUAUAAUUCUUUUCAUUUAAACCUGUAUUUGAAAGGGCCUUAUGUAACUAGCACAAAGCAGAUGCUGUAUACAAUCCCUUGAUUCAGGUUUAAAUUCAAUACAUUUUAUUGAGUAAAUUGAUUUUUCCAAUCAUAGGAAUGUCCAUGCUCCUGUUACAUAAAUCUGUCCAUCAUCCAUCUUUGUGGCUAUAUAGCUGUCAUCUAGUUAUUAUUUUAUUUUUAUAAAAACAAGUAAAGUUUACAGAGGGCUCAUCCAAUGUCACAUGGCUAAUAUAAGAAACCAAAUCCAAGUUCAAGUAUUUUGAUUCCAGGCUCUCCCCAUAGCACAGUAGGAUUUGAGAUUUACUACAAUGAUAUUCCAUUUAUAAGACAAUUUAGUGUAGCAAUAAAGGCAUGGGUUUUGGAAUCAAGCUUGGAUUUAAAUCUGCCUAUUUUACUCUCUAGCUCUGUGACCUUGAGAAAGUUAAUUAAUCUCAUGGAGUCUCAGUGUGUUAAUCUAUAGACUAAAGCUAAUAAUAUUUGCCUGUGAGGUUAUUGUGAUAAUGUAUGUAAAGUAACACAAAAUUUACUUAGUAAGUAUUAACUGUGAUUAAUUCUUUAUCCAGAAUUAUCUCUAACUAUAUGAUAUGAGUUCUCAAUUUCAACUCUAAACUGGCUUCCUUGCUGUGUGGGUUUAAAUGUCAUGAGCAGAAUCAACUUCAAAUCCCUGGCUGUUAUUCUUGUUUAUAAUACCUCAUGAUUAUGUUUGUCUAUGCAAAACCUACUCAUCUCUCACAUGCUCAAAUCUGACUUUGUCCUUAAGCCUUGAACAGUUUAAGUAUCUUUGGUCUCUUCUCACCUCUUCACAACUCUGAAGUCACAUAGUGCUCAUUUUGAAGAGUAUUGUAUUAUUUCUUAAAUAUUUUUAUUAUGUAAUUUUUCCCUUGACAAAAUUUUAUUUUAUGGUGGUCAGCACCCUUUUCUUAUAUUUUAUUCACAGGUCCCUUAGCACUAGUGCAGUACUUGACACCAAGAAAAAUGCUAUUUAUUUGGCAAAUUCUCAACAUAGCAACAAUUCAUGUACAAGAUCAGCCACUGAAAAUUUCAGCAAAUGUGAUAGAAAGCUCUUUGGUUCCAUGUUGUUGUUCAUCUUAGGAAUUUUUAUAUUAAACUCUCCUGAUUUAAAAAUGUUAUAUCCAGGCAGAAUAAUUACAGUUUACUGUAAUAAUGUUUAUUGAGGCUCUACAUGUAAAAGUAAUAAAGUAAUAAAAUGAUUGGAAACAUAUAAAAAAGAUUGUUUGGUAAAAUUUUUCUCAAUUAGGAAUGAUCUUUGUACAAUAAGUUUGAAAUCUGGUAUGGAAGCAUUAUAUGUCAGUAUAAUAUGCUUUCAAUACUUUUUAAUUUUCAGAAAAGUAUCCAUUGUAUAUUAAAGUCACCCAAAAUAAUAAGCUCUGUAACAUCAAAUAUUCUGGAUCAUGAUUCAGUAACACACUGAUUUUUAACAAGUGUUUUUAUCUUUGUUUUCUUUAUUGUCCUAAAUAAACAUGGAUCUUUAUCUUGUAUAAUGGGGUUAUAUUGAAUAUAGAGUUAAACUUCAAAAUAAAUUUCUUAGAAACUCUGUAAAAAAUGUUGCAUUGUGGAGACAUGGUAUGUUUUAUUAUAAUUAUAGUAAUUACUGAAAAGCUCUACAGGAUCCAUAUGUAAAACAAAUAUGUGGCAUUAAUAUGCUUUAUGGGCAGUAGAGACCCAGUUCUUGACUACAUAGGAGGUCAAGACCUAUGCCUUUUCCAUUGAAAAACGGACCCCCACCUACGCCACCUCCAUCCUGUUGUAGAGCCAGUGCUUUUACUCAGUGCCACUGCAACUCAGCGUAAAACAAAACAAACAAAAAAUCUCAGGUUGUGCUGCUCCCAAGAAAGGAAGUGCUCGGGUGAUGCACAGAGGUGUGCCAAGCCAUAUCAAGAUCUUAGAGCUAGAGAGAAAUUAAGACAACAACAACAACAACAAUAGGAAAAUGUUAGAGUUAGAAGAUUGAGCUUCCAUCAGAAGCCAUGUUUAUCCAAUUCUCGCUCGAGGAAGAAGAAAACUAGAGUCAUUACCUUUUGUAUGUAAAUGUGUAUAUGUGCUUUAUAAGUGGAUUUGGUCUAUGAAAAAUGUAAAAAUUUAGUCAGAGUUGAAUUUAUUUACAUUUUUACUGUCUACAAGAAUGACUUUUAAAAAUUAAAUAAAUGGUAAUGAAAUCCAGGUUAUAAGGACACCAUCUAAGCUACUUAAGGCAACAAAAUUUAUCAACAUCCUUAGUAAUUGGAAGCACAUUCAAAUGGAAUUUGUUGUUAAAAUGAUUGUAAUGAUUGAGGAACCUUAACGAUCUGUGUAAAAUAUACCUUGGUCAAUAUACUUUUAAUUACUAUGAGUACUUAAAUGUUUCUUUGAUGUCUUUAAAAUAUUUCUGCUCACCUUUUCCAUUAAUCUAGGCUACUACUGAAUUCUUUGUUAAUUUAAAAUAUCUCUAGGCUCUUCCCAUGGAUUAAACUGUUUUAUCACUCUGCCAGUGAUAUUUAAGACAACUAGGUAUGCAUGUUGUAGGUAAGGAUUGAGAGUUGAUUUUCUAUUUACUUUUGCUCUUUAAUAUUGUGCCAUUUUGGUUAGCAUUUAAAUUUGAGUUUUCUUUAGGCUUACUGAAGAAAGCAACUGUAAAUAUUUGUUGAAUAUGAGAUGAUUGUUCUUAGAAAUAAUAAAAAGAUAAAUGUAAGCCUGCUCCAUAA